GCCGGCGCGGGGUCCUUAAUAUAUCGGUGUUCCUCUCGAAUAGCGCGGGCCAGCAGAUUCUUGCAUCUCACAUCGUAGUUGGUUCGAUCCGUUUUAAGAAAUUCAAGAUGCUACUCAACGAGAGCCAUGUCGACGUGCAAACCACCGUGGAUGGGAAGGAGACGUCAAUGAGAAUUUUCACAUUCCAUCCCACCAUCCCGCAAUACCCCAAUGCUCGAUUUCCUGGUGUCGUACUGUUUAGCGAGAUCUAUCAAGUCACGGGUCCCGUAGCGCGAUUCGCGCGUCAAAUCGCAGGUCAGGGUUAUAUUGUCGCCGCCCCUUCGUCGUAUCACGAUUUCACUGGCCCCGAAGCUCUAGCCUACGAUGGGCCGGGAACGGACCAGGGAAACGAGUGGAAGGUGAAGAAGACUCUUCAAUCAUAUGACGUAGACUCUCAUAAGGCGGUUGAUUACCUCCUUAGCCUCCCUACGUGUACGGGCCGCAUAGGCAGCACGGGAAUGUGUCUAGGUGGUCAUCUUUCUCUACGGGCUAGUCUUGAUCCGAGGAUAAGCGCAACCGUCGCGUACUUUGCUACCGACGUGCACUCCCGCACAUUGGGACCUCACUCCGGGGCCAACAUGUCGGUCCAAGGUCCCGAGAACAGCAACCACACGAUCGACAGGCUCAGCGAGAUCAAGGGCGAGGUAGCUAUGAUUUUCGGUAUCAAGGAUACCCACGUCCCGGACGAGGGCCGCGACUUGAUUCGACAGAAGUUAAGGGGCGCCGGGACCGUGUUCAGCUUCUACGAAUUCGCGUGGGCGCAGCACGCCUUCAUCCGCGACGAGCUGAGCAAAGGCCGCUACGACCCGGCUAUCACCAAGAUCUGUUUCGAGGUGUUGCUAGAGCUGUUCGGCCGUGUGCUGAAAUCGGACUUGGGGCCCAGGGACAACACCCCUGAGAAGAUUGAGCACGUCUGUUGAUUAAAAAAAAAACGACGAUGUCUGCGGUCUAUAUCAGGUAGCCCCAGAUAAUCUUGGUAGGAACCUCAACCCUGUCUAUUUUCCCAGCAAGGGGGGAUGAUUUAGCUAGGGUUACAUGGAUGAUAGCUGUAUUCGCUCAUUUAUCUGUCACAACCGCAUAUACCGGUUUUAACGCCAAAAGAAAAAGAAAAGAAGACAAGGCCAUGUCAUUUCUAGUUACAUUAUUCUUGUAAGUGCCUAGAGGGGCGUAGAAGAUGGGGCCCGUGGGUUUU